GCAAAAGGUAUUGGCACUUGGAGCGGCGAGCGCGUCGGUGUCGGCGUGCGGCCGCUAGGGCAAUCAGAGGGCGGUCGUGGCGGUCAGGAACCUCCAGGUCCAGGAACAGGUACCAAGAGCAGCCUUGUUCUGCGAGCGUGGCUUCCAGGAGGUGAACCAUAUUAUUCUGGGCUUGGAGACACGUUGCACGCCCUGAGUAACGCUGCUGUAAACAGGACAAAGCCAUAGUACGUCGUGUGUGGAGGAAGGUAUGUCAUAUUAACCGAGCAGUACCUGGAAUAAUUCAUGAAUGCGCGCAUCUGAGGGCACACUGACAGGCCAAGCAUUGUCCUCGAGCCUGGAGCGUCGGCUGUGGCAUGUCCCCGCUCUGUUCCUCUGCAAGAGCAAGCGACGGCGCGGACAUCCUAGACAGGGCAACAACAGUUAAAUGAUUGCUUCAGCAGCUCGCUUUCAGCUGUGUACACCCCUCGGAUCCCAGCAAAACGUCCAACACCCAGGUUAGCGAUGGCGACAGGCAAUUGCUACGUGAUUGUAACCCCAGACCCCGCCGUUUCGCCUCACGGGCUCGAAGACAACAAUGGUCACUUUUUCUUCCUCAAGUUCGGUGAUGGACCGAUAGCCGGGUACAUGACCAAACUUGACCGUAACUCGCUCGUGCGCAAACAAACCGGCAACCAGCUCUGUUUGGCAGGACAGGCCUACCGAGACAUCGAGCACACCAACAACGGACAGUACGUCGGUACCUUCCUCAAGCGGUGGGUGCUCGUCGAGCUGGGGUUCAACAACAGGAACGCGGCGACGAACGGAGAGACCGAGUGGUUCUGCAUCCGCGCAGGCCCCAACGGGGCAGCGAACAGCAUCCAGCACCUCUCGACAGACCUCCAGAACCUGCUGACUGGGUUCCCGCAGCUCCCGCUCGCGCCGCAUCCCAUCGUCCAGAACGCGCCGAACAACAUCGCUGAGCAGAGCGCGCUGCUGUUGCGGAACCUCCUGUGGAAGUACAAGCCGUAGCUUCCGCCGCGGUAAAAGUCUACACCCAAGUGGGUGAGAAGCCGGGGCGCGUGUGCUUAAUGCCACCACGACCACCUGAAAUAGGUGCACUGUCAAACCAUGUCGUGUGCAGGGCCUGCAAUGGUAUCGUUCGACGCCGAGUGGCGAGCGAGCCCUUGGGCUGCCGACCGCGCCCAAAGCGGCCGUGAUGAAGAAAAGAGCCUUGUGCAGCCCAAUGACAGUUCUGCCGCCUGACAGCGUCCAUGUGCAGCAGCACUGGGAAGCCGCUCGAGGUCGGAGACUUGGUAGGUCCAGGCAGACGUUGCAUAUGGGAGACACGCACGUACUGUAUGAGUGCACCGCCGGCUGGGUGGAACCUUGGCCGCGCUGCGUGGUAUGUACGCAUGUGUCGGUGUGCCUGACUGAGACAGUAAGAAAGGGCAGAGACUUGCUCCGGCCAAUGGCGCCGCGCGCAUGCGGGGUACCGUGGAACGUUGCACCGGCGAAGACGCAGGCGAGCCUCGG